AUAUCAGCACAAUGUGGACAUCCUUUAACCUUUCGUGUGUUUUAGACGUGGAUCCACGUUCGAAAAAUCUUUACCCUCGUGUGCCUAAGCGUGGAUCCACGUCCAAAACUAACAAACUUUUUAAAUGCGAUUUUGUUCUCUAUUCUUUGGACUUUUGGGUAAAUUUUUUUUUGCAACGAAAACGUACUGAAUGAAUCUGUCACGGGCGGCCAUUAGACUGAAUGGAUUUCGUCAUGGGAAUGGGAUCGACAAGUAAAAACAAGUGCAUUCUGGUGACACGUGCGACCGGUGAAAUUCCUUUUGUGUGAUUCUCACGAAAAUAAACAACUGAAUUCAUCAUGGUUGUGGUCCUGGAUCUUGACCGGUUUUUGCAUAAACGCGACUAUAUUUCUUGCUAUAAAGGAGAGUGUAUGUGGCCAUGGGAGGAAACCCAUUUCUUGCGGGAAAAUAUUUGUCAUAUUUGCCACACGGAAGUUAAUAACUCCAUAAGGCACUUCCGUGUCAUCAUGAGUAGAAAUACAAUUCGUCGGCUUCUACUAUCAAAUUUUUUCUGGUGCAAAUGUGGUUAUAGUGUAUAUGAUCACUAUCCCCCAGACGAAUGUUGCUCAUAAAUUCUUAAUUUUAAUUUGAUUCUUUUUUUAAAUUCAUUGAUCAGAUCAUUCCAAGAAGAAUAUGUUUUUAUUUUCAAAAAUAAAAUUGAUUUCUUAAUCAAAUUAACUCAUUUUCUCUACGUGGACACAAGAAGGUACUAGGCAAGAUCUACGUCGUCCAAUAAACUAUUAAAUGGCAUAAUUGACUAACUGGUAAUGGAGCCAGACCGAAUUAUUGACGACGUCGGGCUUCCCGAAGCCAGCACUUCAAAAAGUGUGGGUACCGGAAGACAUUUUCCCGAUGACGACGAUUAUGAUUGGCAGCCUAAUCAAAGGCCUCAUGACCUUGAUAUGUCUUAUUCCGAGGCCAUUAGGCGAGGAGCUAAGAGUGGAUUCGGCAGUGAGGAAGAGGAGGAACCUAUGUCGCUGGAGGAGCUUCGAGCUAUCCUGGAAGAGACAGCCGAAGAUGUUGAGGAAGAUCCCGAAGAACACGAGAGGCUGUCUGAAUCUUUCAAUUGGUCAAGCGAUUAUAGUACAUUUAGAGGUCAACCGGAAGUUUAUUCCCAGGCAGGCGAGCGAGGUCCCAAUAUUAAGGAAACAGAUCCUCUGAAGCUAUUCACUCAUGUUUGGGAUCACGAUAUAAUGAACAGUAUUGUGGCACAGACAACGAGUAUGCCUGGCAAACGAUAG